UUUGGUUUGGGAUGUUGGGCUCUCUCGUUUCCAUAGCUUUCUCUUUCCCAGGCAAGUUGUCAAAGUCAGGGCUCUCAGGGACUUACCCAUCGCCUGUGGUAGAGUGACGAACUUGUCCCUGUCUACCUGGAAUAUCCUCAGGUUUGGGGUUUUAGGUUUAUUCUUAUUUUUCUUGAAGUCCUAGAUAUUACACCUAGGGACUUGCACAUGAUAGGCUAUGAUAGAAGGUGGUGCUUCAGACCCUCCCAAAAAGCACUUACAGGGAGCGGCCUCUGUGCCCACAAGGUCAGAUUUUAAGAGGAAGAAACAAAAGAAAAACUUGAGCUAGCAGAUGUGGAAUGGCAACAGCAAACUCCGGCCCAGCCCACCUGUGCUCAAACCAAAUCAGAUGUCAUGGCACCCCCAGUACCGCAGCUCCAAGUUCCGACAUGUCUAUGGCAAGCCUGCCAGCAAAGAGAACUGCUACGACUCUGUGCCCAUCACACGCAGCGUCCACGACAACCACUUCUGUGCCGUGAACCCCCACUUCAUUGCUGUGGUCACUGAAUGUGCUGGUGGGGGCGCCUUCCUUGUCAUCCCCCUGCACCAGACGGGAAAGUUGGACCCUCACUACCCCAAGGUCUGUGGGCACAGAGGGAACGUCUUGGACAUCAAGUGGAAUCCUUUCAAUGACUUUGAGAUUGCCUCCUGUUCUGAAGAUGCCACGAUUAAGAUCUGGAACAUCCCCAAGCAGUUGUUGACAAGGAACCUCACAACCUACAGGAAGGAGCUGAUGGGUCAUGCACGCAGGGUGGGGCUGGUGGAGUGGCACCCCACAACUGCCAACAUUCUCUUCAGUGCUGGCUAUGACUACAAGGUGAUGGUGUGGAACCUGGACACAAAGGACUCCGUCAUUGCUGGGCCGGUGAGAACAAUCAGCUGUCACCAAGAUGUGAUCCUCUCUAUGUCCUUCAACACCAACGGCAGCCUGCUGGCCACCACCUGUAAGGACCGCAAGAUUCGGAUUGUUGACCCCCGGCUAGGGAUUGUCCUCCAGGAAGCCAACUACAAGGGGCACCGGGCCAACAAAGUACUGUUCCUGGGGAGCCUCAACAAGCUGCUAUCCACGGGUACCUCCCGCUGGAACAACCGGCAGAUGGCCCUGUGGGACCAGGAAAACCUUUCUGUGCCCCUCACGGAGGAGGAUCUGGAUGGCUCCUCUGGUGUGCUGUUUCCCUUCUUCGACUCGGACACCAGCAUGCUGUACAUUGUGGGGAAGGGAGACGGGAACAUCCGCUACUAUGAGGUGAGCACUGAGAAGCCUCACCUGACUUACCUGACUGAGUACCGCUCCUACAACCCACAGAAGGGGAUCGGUAUCAUGCCAAAGAGAGGUCUCGAUGUGUCUUCCUGCGAGAUCUUCCGCUUCUACAAACUGAUCACCACCAAAAGCCUCAUCGAGCCGGUGUCCAUGAUUGUACCCCGGAGGUCAGAAUCCUACCAAGAGGACAUCUAUCCGCCCACCGCAGCGGCCCAGCCCUCCCUGAUGGCUCACGAGUGGCUCAGCGGAAUGAACAGAGGGCCUAUCAUGAUGUCCCUUAGACCCGGCUCUGAGCUAGACUCCCAGACACUGCCUCCAGAGAGACCCCUCUCCAAUUCUAUGGUCCAAGUUCCACCUCAGCCCUUAGAACCCAUGACACACCCAGCCGAAGAUGGUGACCAGGCGUCCUUCCCUCUACUGGAAGAGAAAGUAUCAAAGUGGACCACGGAGCGUCAGCUGGCGGAGAAGUCCUGCCUCACUAAUGGCUUUGAUGUUUUCGAAUGCCCCCCACCAAAGACAGAAAAUGAGCUGUUGCAGAUGUUCUACCGGCAACAGGAGGAGAUCCGGAGGCUCCGGGAGCUGUUAAUCCAGAGAGAGGUCCAGACCAAGCAGCUGGAACUGGAGAUCAAAAACCUGCGGAUGGUCUUAGGACAGUUCUGAGCACAGGUCUCCUCCAUCCUUGCCCUCAGGGACACCGACCGCUAGGCUCGGUGGAGAGGCCCAGAACCAAACCGCAAGUCCCCGAGAACAAUCACUAUUUCUAUAUUUUAUACCAAGAAAACAAAACUCUCAGUUGCUGAAAGAGAUCCCAGUGGGACAUGGUGCCGCUUUCCUGUCGCCUUCUCGAAGCUGCAGUUCCUGCCCUGGCUGGCUUAGAUUACACCCUACCUUCUGCUGAAUUCUGGUUUUAAGGGUUGGUGAGGAGCUAUGACCUCCCAGAGUGAAGAUUUGGCCCGAUUCUAAACCAUAGGCAGGCGGCCAAACCCAUCCUUCCAACCAGAAUCAGCCACAUGUGGUUAGAUUGUUCCAUAGGUGGGGACACAGACCUCAGAGCUGAGUCCAUGUCUGUUGACCCCAGGAGGGCAGAAACAGACUUCUAACCAGAGUAUCUAAAGUCCUCUGGGAGGUAGGGGACCCAGCACUGGAUGUGGCAAAGCCCCGUGGCCAGCCACCAGUAAGGGCUCUUGUUGACUGCACUGGGUCCAGGUGGCACCUGGUCUGAAAGCCUGCGGCCCUCCCUUGUGUGUCUUGUGUCCGGUUCUAAAGCUCUUUUCUUUCUUGGUGCACAGCAAGCCCAGCUGGUACCUGAGAAGAACUUGAGACAAGGCUUACUACAAGAGGUACCCCUCCCUCAUGCCCCCUGGACAGGCAGACAGAGUUACCCCCUCCCCGACUCCCCUCUGGACAGAUAGUGUUUCCCCCCAUCACUCAGGGUCAUGCUGGAGCUCAAUAGAGAAUUGCAGGGGCCAUCCAGGCUAACAGGUUACAGCCCACAUUGUCCUCUGGAUGCACCUACUGAUGACCAGACCUGCCCACUGAAGCUGACCCUGCAGUGGAGGGUGUAGCCCUCUGGACAAGCUGUCUAGGUGGCUUCUGUACAUGGGGAUGGAGACACUUUUGGCUAGCAUCCUGCUCCUGUAUUGGCAAUGGAAACAGUACAAAGCUGACUCCCACAUGACUCCCACUCACCAUCGCUGGUAUCUGCACACACCAGAGUCCUGUGCUCCUCGGUUUAUUCUCCAUCCCUACACUACACUAGGACUCUGUACCCAGUGAUGAGCUAGCUAUGCUCGCUCGACUUAUUUGUACUCCCGAGAGGCUCCAGGCAAUGGCAGGGACCUGGAGCUCCUGGGAUGGGGCUCUUCUCUCUCUCCUUUCAUUUGUGACUAGUAUGUCAGUUUGUAAAGCUCCAACCCCAUGUUCAGAAGGCAGGAUGGCCUCAUAGUGGAGAAACCAGCCCAAAACCACUGGCUGCCACUUAGGUGUGGCUAGGGAUGGGGUCCCGGGAGCUUCCCAUCACGUCUCUAUACAACACCGUCCCCUCAAGAAAGCUAUCCCUACUGUAAGGGACCCAGACCCAGACCUCACAUUCAGGAACAGGUCACAGGCGGCUAUGAACAAAUUUAUUUGUUGUUUCUUGUUUUGUUGGGUUUUUUUUUUUACAUCUAGAAUAAAUUAUUUAAAUUAUUUCAUAGCAAGGGAGAGGGAUAUUUGUCAUCUUUUUUUUUUAACAUUAUGUGUUUAUCUUCUUGAGCUAAUGGAACAACACUGCCCACUAAGACAGUGUCCACCCAAGCAGCAAAGCAACCCUCAUUUUUUUUGUUUGUUUGUUUGUUGUUUUUUGUUUUUUCGAGACAGGGUUUCUCUGUGUAUCCCUGGCUGUUCUGGAACUCACUCUGUAGACCAGGCUGGCCUCGAACUCAGAAAUCCGCCUGCCUCUCGCCCUCGUCUCCUUAUGUCAUGCCUUGGGCGCUCCCUUUCUGUUGACUCAGGAACUUUGUGUGGAUGACGGAGAGUGCUUGGAGAUGAGCUUGUACCCACCUUAACUUUACAGUAAUCCUGCUUCCUGGAACAAAACUUGAGGUCGUGUCCCAGAGGGAAACGGGAAUGGAGAAACGGACCUACGUUUUUCAUAUGAAACCGUGCCUGAAGCUGUUUGAGUGGCUGUUUGAAUGUUUCUUAAAUUCCUUGUACCUUUGUAAAAAAAAAAUAAUAAUAAUAAUAAUUAAGAAAUAAAAGUUAAAUAUGACAAUCAACCGUGGGUGGUAAUUCCCAUGUGUAAUCCCAGUGCGUGGAAGGCUAAGGCAGAAGGAUUGAGAAUUUCAAACCAGCCUGGACAAAGAGUCUGAGACUCUGCCUCAUCCAAAAUAAUAAUAAAACACCA